UUUCCAUUUUGUUGGCUGUUACUGGAUUGUAAAUUUUUUUUGGUUUAAAAAUUUAACGGGGAAUUCUAUUAGGUCGCUCCGUUCGGAGCUACUCGGUUAUCUUAUUCUCAUGGCUGUCUUCCAAUUUUUAAACCCGCCAAUCUUUCUUCUCAUUUAAUUUUAAAGUUUAUUUUCUACUUUUCAGUCAUCUAAUCCCAUUGAAUUUGUUAACAAUACAAGAAAACGUAAAAUGUCUCCACAAGAAGCAACAACUUCAUCAGAAUUAUGUCUCAAAAUAAAGGAAAAUACAGAAUCUAAUAGAAUAUUACCAAACUUUUUAAAAUCUCCAAGUUUCCGUUUAAAUACAUUAAUUCAAAACAAGGAAAACGAGAAUAAACGAAUUGGAGUUUGGUUAAGUACUUCUUUAAAACAAUUUUCAAAGCCAUUAAUAUCUACAGAAUUAAUGAAUUUUUGUAGAAUAAUUCCAAAUAAUUUUCAAUUAGAAGAGCCUUUAACAACAAAGCUACCAAAAAUUAAAAGGUUUAAUGGUCAAGGUAUUGUUGAUGAAAUAAACGAAAAAAUUGGACAAAAUUUACUUGAAUGGAUUGAAAAUUCGUUGAAUAGGUAUUUUGGAUUUUUGUUUGGGAUAAAUCAAUAAAUAAAUGGAUAUUGGAAGGAUAUUUGUGUCUGAGGAAGUUAGAUUGAGAGGAAAAUUUAAGGAGAUUAACUGCAUCGGUUAGAUGACAUUUGAUUAUUUUACGGAUCUUAAAUAGGGUUGUCAGUUCUGGGUCAAAAAAAGGAUUGAGGAUU